AUAUAACGAUUCGAUUUCCAUACCCGUGAAACACAAACAUUCCGCCCACGUCCCCCUAACCGACCUCGGACCACUUUGCGCUCGCAGAAGUUAAACGCCGUUAAAAUAAACACGUUGGCACCGUCGAGCCAUCCGGAUGGAGGCCGUGCGCAACGCGCUCGGCUUGGAGUGGAUGGGCGGAGGGACCGUUUUGAUAUUUCUGUUCGUUCUGCUGCUGUUCGCGGAUGUUUGGAAGAACCGAGCUCCGCCGAACUUCCCCCCGGGGCCCUGGGCUCUUCCUUUCAUCGGGGACCUGCAUCGCAUGGACCACCGCAGAUUCCACCUGCAGAUCGGAGAGUUUGCAGCGAAAUAUGGAAACAUCUUCAGCCUCCGGCUCUUCGGCGGAAGGAUCGUGGUCCUCAACAGCUACAAGCUUGUGAGAGAGGCCCUGGUCCUAAAAGGAGAGGACUACGUGGACCGCCCCUACAUACCGCUGUUCGAUGCAUUGACCUGCAACAAAGGUCUGGUGAUAACAAAUGGCCACCAGUGGAAGCAGCAGAGGAGAUUUGCUAUCCGUACACUCAGAAACUUUGGCGUGGGCAAGAAGAGCCUGGAGCUGUCCAUCCAGCAGGAGUGUCAUUACCUCACGGAGGCGUUUGCCCUUCAGCAAGGCGAGCCUUUUGAUGCCCAGCCGCCGAUCAACCAGGCCGUGUCCAACAUCAUCUCCUGCCUGGUGUUUGGGGAACGCUUUGAAUACUCUGACAAGCAGCACCAGUUCAUGCUUCAGGCCUUCACCGAGUUAGUGUACCUAGAAGGAGGCUUUUGGGCACAGGUGUAUAACGUCGCCCCCUGGCUGAUGAGGCGGCUCCCCGGACCUCACCAGAGGAUGUUCUCUCUGGUCAAAACCCUCCUGGACUUCAUUCAAGUGAAGGUCGAAGAGCACAAAGAGAGCCUGGACGCCUCCUCGCCGAGGGACUACAUCGACUGCUUCCUCGUGGAGAUGGGAGAGAAGGAGGACGAGGACGCCGGCUACGACUUCAAGAACCUCUGUUAUUGCACCAUGGACCUGUUUGUUGCUGGCACUGAAACCACGACGACCACGUUGCACUGGGGACUGCUCUACAUGAUCCACUACCCUCACAUACAAGCGGCGGUCCAGGCCGAGAUCGACUCCGUGGUGGGUUCCUCCAAGCAGCCCUCCAUGUCUGACAAGGAGCAGAUGCCGUACACGGACGCCGUCCUCCACGAGAUCCAGAGGAUGGCCAACAUCCUGCCGCUCAAUCUGGUCCACAUGGCCGGCCGGGACACCACGCUGGGGGAGUUCACGUUCCCCAAGGGCACCAUCAUCAUGCCGGCGCUCACAUCGGUGCUCCGAGACGAGUCCAUGUGGGAAACGCCGCACGCCUUCAACCCGCAGCACUUCCUGGACCAGGACGGCAACUUCAGGAAGAGGGAAGCGUUCCUUCCCUUCUCAGCGGGUAAACGCAUGUGUCUCGGGGAGCCGCUGGCCCGGAUGGAGUUGUUCCUCUUCUUUACCUCCCUCCUCCAGAGGUUCUCCUUUUCGCCGCCGGCCGGAGAGAAACCCGGUCUGGAGUUCAAGCUCGGAGCGACUCUGUGCCCCAAACCGUAUCGCCUCCGCGCCGCUCCGCGCUGAGCCGGGGCCUCGAACCCACGUGGGCCUCGAACCCACGUGGGCCUCGAACCCACGUGGGCCUCGAACCCACGUGGGCCAUACAGCUGCUGUAGAUUAACAGUGUCUGUCUGUUUGAGUGUGUGUGUGUGUGUGUGUGUGUGUGUGUGUGUGUGUGUGUGUGUGUGUGUGUGUGUGUGUGUGUGUGUGUGUGUGUGUGUGUGUGUGUGUGUGUGUGUGUGCGUGUCUGUCUGUCUGUCUCUUUUAUUAUAAUUUGAUCAAACAUAAUGUGGACAUUUUGUUUUUCAUCUUAAUCAAUCGUCUUUUAAAACAUAUUUUAUGUUAUUAAUGUAACCUACUGUAAAAAAAAUUAGCCUUUCUAUUGCCUAAAAAAAAAAAAACACUGUUAACUAAAAACUGAAAUACUGAAACAGCAGAUUUGCUAAACCUUUACUUUUUUUCUUUUUUUUACAUUACAGAAAGCAGCACUUUUGAAGCUAUUUUUCUUCUUUUUUGUUAACUUUUGUGAACUGACAUAUAAAAACAUGAAAGUUUA